AUGGCAGUGGAGUAUGAUAAGGUAAAGAGAACUCGAGAUCUGCUGUCGAGUUUCUAUUCACAGGAUGCUUCUCAGACUUCUGCUCCCACCAACACCACAUCAAGAUUCGCCACUCUCGACACUAUCAACACCACCUCCUUUGAUGCCGAUCAGUACAUGAACCUUCUUGUACAAAAGUCAAAUCUGGAAGGCCUCCUUCAGAGACAUGUGGAAAUGGCUGCUGAAAUCAAGAAUCUUGACACUGACUUGCAAAUGUUAGUGUAUGAAAAUUAUAACAAGUUUAUCAGUGCUACAGAUACAAUUAAAAGAAUGAAGAAUAAUAUUGUUGGUAUGGAAGUAAAUAUGGAGCAACUCCUUGAGAAGAUAAUGUCAGUGCAGUCGCGAAGUGAUGGGGUCAACACUUCACUUUUUGAAAAGAGAGAGCAUAUAGAGAAAUUACACCGCACCCGUAAUCUAUUGCGCAAAGUUCAGUUUAUAUACGAUCUUCCUACCACGCUUGGAAAAUGCAUCAAAUCUGAAGCAUAUGGUGAUGCAGUGAGGUUCUACACUGGAGCCAUGCCAAUAUUUAAGGCAUAUGGGGACUCCUCAUUCCAGGAUUGUAAGAAAGCAUCUGAAGAAGUAAUGUCAGUUAUCGUUAACAAGCUUCAGGAUAAGGUUUCUUCUGAAUCUGAAUCAAUACAAACAAGAGCGGAGGCUGUAAUGCUUCUUAAGCAGUUGGAUUUUCCGAAAGGAUACACAACUCGUGAUGUGCAUAUAUGCAUCCAAUCAUUAGCCUACACACAUGGAAACAUGGAGAAUUUUGCAUUUCAUGUGCUCUUCAGCGGUUAUGUAUAG